AUAAAUUCCCUAAAGAGAGAUCACCAAACAAUCAAACAAUGGGACAAGGCCAGGAACAAAAGACGAGAGCUGAACCUCAAGUUGUGAUACAGGAUAGAGGGGAAAUAUUUUUUUUCUACAGGCCUAAAGUUGACAAAGAAGAAGCUAACAGCGUUAAUGAUGUACAACGAUUGUACCUUGUGUUGCGGCCGGAGUCCGGUGAGAGAACUGUCGAAGAAAAACAAGAGCCGGAUUCAGGGAAAGAGGGCUCAAAGAAAGGAGAAGCAGACUCUGGAGAAAGUCUCGGUGGACAUGGUAGACAGGAAGUGAACAUCGAAAAGGAGCCACUCAUGCGGUUCAUCGUGAUGGGACGGAAAAGCCUUCCAGAUCCAAGCCAAAAAUCCAGGCCUUACUGGGGUUUUGUAGAGAUGGUCACCACAAAAAUUGAAAAUGUAAAAACUGCUCUGGCUGGAGGGGAGUAUGAUACUUCAACUAAAGGUCAUAGAAAAAAUCAACCUGCCAGGGCCAUGGGAGAAGGCGUUUACCGAAUUUUAAGGCACAAUCCAGGCAAAAAAAUGCACACCCAUUUAGUCUACAAGCUUGAAUUUCCUCCCGAGGACAAACAAAACGAGCCUCAGGAGUCUCUUAACAUUGAACGCGAAGGCUACUUUCUCAUGCAAAUAAAGAACCCAGAUCAGCAUGGCGAUUCACAGUUUAAAUGACUGCAAAGCAAGCAUAGGGCUGUCUUUCCGGCCCAUCUGCAAGGCCACUUUGGGCAAAAGCGGUAUUCCCCGGCUGACCCUCCUGAUUUUUUGAACUAUGAAGGGUGUGAAUUCUUGCUGAUAGCGGCGUCUGAUGAUAUAGAAGAAGAACUUGGAUUGAAGCUGGAAACAGAGGAUGGGGAAGCAAAUGAAUGUUGUUCGGAUUUGGUGAAGACCUUCGGGGAGACUGCAUCAACCAGUGCCCUUUUUCACGGCAAUUGGGUUUGAACUUUGAAUCAUCGUUAUGUAUUAUAAAUUCCGGCAGCUGAAAUGUUGUAUAAAUGGAUUUUUGUGGGAGAGAAAUCCAGGCUGUUUGUAACAGUAUUUGUGCAAAUAGCUCUGUUUUGUGGAACGAAGUGCAUACCUUUUGCCUAUGUUUGUGUAUCCAUUGAAGUUGGGUACAUAACUCUUUUGUAAUAUUACAAUAUGCAAUGUUGUAACUAAAAUUUUCGGUUUUUUA